AUGGGACCUUCGUCAGGAAUUGAGGACAGAAUAGGAUUCGGGACGGGGAAAUAUUCUGGACCACUUGUUGUGGUAAAUGCAGAACCAUUUCCAACAGCGACCGCCAUGAGACUGGCCAAUUGUAACUGGGUGGAAAAAUCGCUCGUCGUAACUGCAGGUAGAGGAAAUGGUCCCAAGGAGGCCAACAAUGAGGAGUCGGUUGGCAUUAAUCCAGAAGGGAUGAGAGAUGUGAAUCCAACAAGAGACUCAGCCAUCAACGAAGGAAAAGAAACUGCAACAUUAGGCAAGCUUUCUGGAGUUCUCAAACCAUCAAAUGUACCGGAAGUGAACGGUUGUGCUUGUGGUCUUCGAGUGGGCUUUGGGAGCACAGUCGUGGGGAAGCGGGUAGUGCUGGAUCGGGGGGAUAGGUUGUGUGUCGGGGAAGAGUCGGGAAAUGUGUAUACACUGGCAGGAUCAUUGCUGGUGCUAGGUAAAUAUAGAGACGUGGAUUUGGGAGCUCGGUGGCCACCAGAACGACUCGGUAGCGGAUUUGCGGAAAAUCUGGAGAACUGCUUCGUUUUUUGUGGUUUGCGGGAAGUUUCUGACGAAAACGACAAGCGACUACUAGAUGAGGUAGCGAGGCGACAUAUCUGGUUGGACUGUGAUGUCACAGGUUUGACUGUGUUUGGGACUGUUGGUUUCACAAUUUUGAGCCUCGAAUUGAGGGUACCACUUCCAAUAGCUGGUGUCACCGAACAGGCUGAAGCGGGAUUUGUGCAUGUGGAAAUGGGUGUGAACACAAUCUUAGGAGGAGACGAGGUAGCCGAAGAACCAGACCCGACAGGUGUCCAUGGCCGAAUAGGGGAAGCGGGUGAUCGGUCGAUCGGAGUGGAUGAGCGCCGUGGGGGUAAAAGGAGACCGGGGGAACUUGGAGCCUCAGCAGCACUCCUAACGGCCGCCUCUGUGGCUUCCAAAAGCAAAACAGACGUGGAACUGGACGGUUCAAUGUCAACCGCGGAGUUAGGUUCGGAUUUAGUUACUACAGGCAGUUCGAGCGAAGAAGCAGGAGGAAAUGAGGAGCUGAACAGCGGAGUGGGAGACGGUUUGGUACUCAAAGAAGAGUUAGUUAUGGUGGAUUCUUCAGUUAUGGUGCUUAACUCCCGAACAUCCGGAGUUGCCAGUACUUGUGAUGCGCGCGGAUCCGUAGAAACUUCAAACAUCGAGUUUGGAGCAACAUUUUCAUCCGCACAACCGGUUGCUCCAUCAUUGGCAUACGAAGAAACCACCACUCCAUGUAGGCUAGGAUGCAGGUCACUUGACUCAGUACUGGGUCGCCACCAGCGGACAUCUAGCUGCCUAUUGCCGCUCCUGGGCAGCAUUUACACCAGAGGUCUAUGGGAGCCCGAGAUUGCUCAGUGGUUAGGACGCGAAACUACUGACUGGAAGGUCCAUGGUUCGAACUCAAUCCAGACAUCUCGACUGCUCCUGACUAGGCCUGGGUGA